AAUUCACAAUCCUUAGAUGAACACAGCUGCUGUAGUAAACCAGCUAAAUGUCGAAGCUGAAGAGCUAGCAAAACCCCAUCAAAUAUAGCAAGGAAUGAAUGAACUGGAAGAGACAGCCACCUCCACCAAAUUUCAAAGAUGCAGCAUGGAGAGGAAAAUGAGUGCUGUGACCUGUACAAUCUUUAACGAGUUACGUCUGGAGGGAAAACUCUGUGAUGUGGUCAUCAAGGUCAAUGGCAUCGAGUUCAAUGCCCACAAGAACAUCCUUUGUGGAUGCAGCUCAUACUUCCGUGCUCUCUUCACAAGUGGCUGGAACAACAUUGAGAAGCGGGUCUACAGCAUUCCUGGUGUGAACCCAGACAUGAUGCGCCUGAUCAUCGAGUAUGCCUACACACGUUCCGUGCCUGUGACUGCGGAGAAUGUAGAACCGCUCCUGGCGGCUGCAGACCAGUUCUGCAUCCUGGGGAUCGUGAGAGCCUGCUGCGACUAUCUGGAGGCCCAGCUCUGUCUGCAGAACUGCAUCGGCAUCUGCAAGUUUGCAGACUUCUACUCCUGCCCUGAUCUGCGCCGCCGGGCCUACCUUUUCAUCCUGCACCACUUUGAGAUGGUGCGUUUCUCGGAGGAGUUCAAGGAGCUCUCUCUGGCACAGCUCUGUGACAUCAUCGAGAAGGACAACCUGAAUGUGAAGCAGGAGGAUGUUGUGUUUGAGGCGGUCCUACGCUGGAUCAACCACUCGCCUCAGGACCGCAAGGCCCACGUCUCUGUGCUGCUGCCCAAGGUCCGCAUGGCCUUGAUGACAGCCGACUACUUCAUGAACAACGUGAAGAACAAUACCCUGGUGAAGGACAAUGGCCGUUGUAACAUCUGCGGUGGCCUUGUCAAAAUGGGAAUGAAGGUGCUUGUUCACAGGCAGAUGAGCUACAAAACCCCCCGAAACCACAAACCAGUGGAAACUCUGGACCGGCCCCCAAUGAAGGGAAGCAGGCGCAGGCAGUGUGGGGGUCAUUCGGGCCUUAUGCGGGAAGCCAAGCUAAUGCGCCAAACUUUCGGCAUCGAGGUGGUGGACGAAACCUCCUGGUUCGUGGUGGGGGGGCAUUCAACGGCUUCACCCACUUACCUUUCAACUGAGUGCUAUGACGAGAAAACAGAGGAGUGGUACGACGCCCACGACAUGGGCAUCUUCCGCAGUGCCCUCAGCUGCUGCGUGGUGCACGGGCUGCCCAACGUGGCCCAGUACGCAGCCCCCCGGGACUCCCUCCAGUCCCCCCGGGAAGAGCUCAAGCUCUCCUCUUCCAACAGCAUCAUGUCUGUGUGACGCCCCCUCGCCCCUAUCCCCCACCAUUACCCCUUCCUGCCCACCGUAUCCCACCUACCACUGGCAUUUACCAUACACAAAUAAAUCCACUACUGUAUGUCCCAGAAGAAAUCCCAUAUGCAUAUAUAAAUUUAUAUAUUUCUUAUUGCAUCUGCAAGGGUGAUUGUACUAUUAUUUUCUGACUGUGUUAGUAGAAGGGAAGAUUGACUGUACUGAAUGUGUUACUGUAAUUGGCUCAUGCCCAAUGACUCUGUGCAUAGUACAGUUUGAUGUCCACGUGUAUGUAUGUAGCUUAGUUCCAUAGAAAAUGAUAGAGGCCUCUAGUGGCCAAAAGACUGUUUUAGCAUUGGCAGCAACAUUGAGGGCUUCCAACAUUUUGAUGUUGUCAACUGGGUG